GGAUGCCAACCGCCGUUAAACAGAAAGAAGAAGAAGAAGAAGUAGUAGUAGAAAAAGAAGAAGACAGUUUUUUUGUUUCACAGAGCUACGUCCCUGGCUUUAAUUGUAUUGUUUUUAAGUCAUUUUUACCUGUCUACACUGAUAGGUAACGAUAGCAGGGGCUUCAUCAUGUCGGGGAUGGAGAUGCUCAGAGUUCUGGUGAAUGAGCGCCUAGCAGCAGCUGCAGAGGAAAUCUUUGGGCUUGUUGGAAAGACAAUAUCAGAGUAUCAGGAUGAAGUUAUGCGCUCCAAAAGGGAAAUCUGUGAGCUAAAACAGCAGAUCGAGCAGCUCACAGAAUUAAAACCUGGAGGGAAAUCAUUUAAAACAGGUUAGCAGCAUCAAUCUUCAAAGUUAAGGUCGCUUUACCGAAGUUAGUCUUUAGCUGGAUACUUGGCGUACCCCUGCUAUAAACUAUCCCUCUAGCUUCUUAAUCAAGGCACAAGCAAGAUGACAAAUUAUCAAAGAUAAUUUUAUUUCAUUGAUUUGUCUUUAUCUUUUUUUUUUUUUUUAGAAACUGAGAAGCUGUGUCCUUCUCUGCAGCUAUGUGACAUCAAAGUGGAGCAAAUCAAAGUGCAGCAGAUUCCAGUCCUGGUGCAGACCGAGACUGAAGAUCAGCCACUGGUCAAAGAGGAGCAGGAGGAUCAGUGUAUCCGCUCAGACACUGAGGUUGAUACUUACUGCUGUGCAGGACCCAGAGUUCCUAAAUCAGAACCAACCAUUCCAUGUGAGCCGUUUACAUCCAGCAGUGCUGACACCGUCAGUGUAAACGAAAGCAGAAAUGACAGGAGGAGUAAAAGGAGUGGAUCAUCGCCCCAAGGUAAGGUUCAUAGUGUUGAAGUGACUGUGGACCAGGAGCAGGUUGCGAAGGAGAUAGAGUCUCUUUGUUUUUGUGGUGAAUCCUUCUUUCUAUAACCAGCAUUCUUAUUGAAGUAGUAUAUAUAAACACAUUUACAAAUACAUCCUUAAUAAACCAACCAGGAGCAUUAAAACAGAAGUUGUAAAACAGAAUUGAACAAGACUUUUACUCAUGAAAUAUUAUUGCCCUGUGCACAACACUGAGUCCUCAUAACUUGAUCAAACUUUAUAUAAAAAAAGUUCUUCAGUUUGUGGUCUCAACAAUAGUGCAGUCCUCUUGUGUGCGGGGAAUGUCUGUAUUUUUGUAUUUUGUAAUUUGAGACUUAAAUGUUUGAAGAUGUUAUUCUGAGAGGUCCAUGAUUAUGUUCGUGCAAGGUUAAAACGUGGUCACUAUUACUACUACACUACUUUUGAGGUCUAUAUGCUGUGAAUUAAUAAAACCUAGAACAGUGUCUUGUAUUCUUUCUAUUUACAGUGCAUGAAGACUGGGAUACUGUCAGAAAAGGUGUGUCUAAUGAAUUGACUGCACCCCUCUCAUCAGUGGACCCCCUUUAUACAUGUUUACACCACCCAAGACCCUCCUCUCGAAAAACACAGAACUCAUGGAUAAGCAAAUUGCAAAUUCCCUGGGGCCAUUUGCCUGCGUCUCUCUUACAUGCCAUAGGAAGAGGAACAAGAGCCUUUCCUACAGAUAAGAGAGCCAUGGUAAGAGCUGUGGUGAGCGCCAUGCAGGAACACUGUCCCAAACCUGACAAAGGGGCAUGUAUAGAGGUAGCCAAAAUGAUUGUGACACAAUACCCGGUGACUUUUGCAGACCCAACAGCUGAAGGAGGACAAUUUGGGAAAAGCGUCCUUUCAUUCGCACGUAAGCUCAAGACAAGAAUUGACGUCAGCAGUCGCAGGAAGCGCAAGAAAACAUGACGGAAUACAAAAACCAGGGACUAUUACAGAAAGAGGUGAUAUUGUUUCCCCAACUAGCCUCUUCAGCUCAUCCCUAAGCUUUAUAUUUAGGCAACUUGGGAAAAUUGGAGAUAGACUCUCUCAGCUCAAGAUGUUGGGAAAAAAAAACCUCGCACAAAAUCUAAAUGAUCUGUCAGUGGACCCAUGCUGUACACACUGAAGAGCAUGUCUGAACACCAAGACUGUAGUUUAGUUUGUAGUACAAUGCUACUCCAUGCUUUCUACAGAUAUUCCAACAAGGGGUCUCUCACUUUUUGCCUUGUGAAGAUUGUCUUCCGCUGAAGAGAAUUUUAAGGGGUGCCCUGAAUUAUUGUUCCUUUUAGAGGAUAUGUGUUUGGUUCAAACAGUAUGGUUAGAAGAACAGGAAGAGGGAAAGACAAUGAAAAAGACAGAAAAAGUUUGUAAGAUUCCAAAACUACCAGUGAAAAAGGUUGAAAUGAGGAAUGCAACCAGUGAGUGUGAGCUAUUUGGUUAACAAUGUAAGAACUUUCUGAAAUUGUUAACAAAUGUUUUCUACAUGUGCAAACACACAGUGGAAUCAAAGACACGCAGAAAAGAGUGUUAUCAGUUGAUGUUGUGCCAUUUCUUUUCAAUAAAAUGGUCAAUUAACUAAGUGUA